CCAUCCCACAUUCCCAUUAUCUAUCUCCUUCGCCCACUUCAAGCAAAGAUCAACGGACGCUAUAGACUUAGUUGUACAAGACGACCCGCGAAUAUUCGUCACAGCAGUGCAUCUCCACCAGCCCACGCUUUACCUUAUCAAGCGGGGCAAAGUCACGACUACACAAUCUUUCAAGGCGGAUAUUGUACACGGCUCCGACAAUGGGGCGAUUCAGCGACCUUGCAAAGCAGUAUCUUGCCGUACUUGACCGUGUCACCGGCUUCAAGAAGGAAAAGUCGGAACACGACACCGAGCUCGACACCAAAGUCGACGCCAAAGUCGACACCAAAGCCGACUGCUACAGGUGCUUCUGCCAUGGCCUUGAAGCCCCUACAGCUCCGGAACCUAAACGGACAGUAGGGUUCAAAAAGGGAUGGCACCAUCGCCGAAAUGCCGAGUUCCCCUGGAGACUCGUGCAGGUGGUUGACCGGGAAGAGAACUGGCGCGGAACCUGGGUCCUGGACGUAAAGGACAUGGGGGCGAUGAACUGGGGCAGUACCCUCGUGCCCAAAACCGAUGGUAAAGGACGAGGAGGGCGCUAUCAGAGGCAGCCGACACGCCAUUUCCCUUUUCCACCCGACGGAGAUAGGUACCGGGAAAGUUUGACCGGAGGUCAGGACGACAUGAUGGUUUAUCUUGGGAAGCCAUAGAGGCUAGGACAUGGGCAUAACAAAAGCCAUCGCCAGUACGAUAGUUUCACGUUUUAGACUGGAGUGUAUUUACCUACUCUAUUGGGCUUUUUUUAUGUUGAAAUAAAGGAGAGAAUGCAAAGGUUCUACGCAGUGCUGCUCUAGGAAUUAUAGUAGUAUUUCAAGACCAGAAUGAUACAACAGCGGAUAUUGUAUACCAACAAGGUAGCCCAAUAUUCCAUUUUUCAACUCUUCC